AGACAACAGGUGCAGCCUCCCUCCACCCCGCUGCAGGAUAAUGCCCACAGAGCGCCGCUCGUCGCUUUGCGCACGGCUUCCUCCUCCGCACUUUGGACACUUGCACGUUUUUUUAUCCUGAUCACUUCCACGAUCAGAAUGCCUUUUCCGCCCAUCAGCCUCCCCCAGCGGAUCUCCUCUCCGGGCAGGGAUCUGUUCGGGAAAAAGAAAGCCAACGCAGUGCCUCCUCAGACUGAGCUCACCAGCAAAUCCGGAGACAGAGGGGGGUCGGAUAAGGAGAAGCAGUCCAGCUCGUGGACCUCGGCGAACCUAAGGAACUUGGGGCGGAAAGCCCAGCCGGACAAGACUAAAAGCCAAGCUCAGAAGCCCGGUGCCGGUCAGGAGACUCAGGUAAAGUGCUCCUGGCUCAGUGUGCCCAAACCUCAGGACGCAUCCGAAGGAGUCAGGCGCUCCAGCUCCAUGGACUCCGCCAGACACCUCCACGGCAAAGACGAAGCGAAGAGGGAGAUUCAGUUUACCCUCAGUCUCACCCCCGAAGCCAUCCUCGUCAUCCAAAAGCGCAACCUCGAGAAGCAGAUGAUGGCGAAGCAGCAGAAGUGCUGCGCCUCCACGGACUUCAGGCACAGGCGGGUGUUCCCGUCCAAAAAGGCGCACGGCCCGUCCAAGGGCUGCGCGCCGCUCGCCAAAGCGGAGAGCGCCGAGCAGGACAUCACCGCCAUCGUGAAAAUCUCUCUGUUGAAUGACCAGUACAAGUACGACGAUGUGGAGUACGAGGAGGAGGACGGAGACGUGGAUGAGACGGUUGUUAGGAAAUGUAAAGAGUGGCUGAAAGGCGUCGAGAACGCGUCCUCUCUGGGAAAAGUCGAGAAACUUUCUACACUGCCGCACCUUAAAGGCUGCUGACAUCUGACCUUUCAGUUCUGAACUCACAGUGAGGAGAUGAUGGAUAAAUGUGUGCACCGAUGGAGGCCUGCUGCUGUGGCAUCUUAAAAUUGAUUCUUGUGUACUGGACCUUUGUGGAUAAGGGGGGAGGAGCAUUAUCUACUUGUCUCCAGAGGAAUGUCCUCCCGUCUGAGUUAUAUCCUAUAAAAGAUGUCACUACCUGAAAAGAAUGAGUGCUGUUAAGGAAAGUAAAAAUGGAAAAGUGGAACACAAUGGAAUAAGAGGAAAAUUGACAAAAAUCCUUUGUUAAAUCUUGUUUGCAGCCUGGCUCACCAGACAGCGCUUGUUAUGAUUCACAGGGACUUUGCUUUGAUGCCCACUCAAUGUUCUGUUGACGUUUGAUUUAUACCUUAAUAUUCUUGUCCUUUGCACAUGUUUUUUUGUUUUCAGUGGGGCGCCUGUGCAGUUUGCGUGAAAAGGGGGGGACACAAAACCGUCCCUUUGUGUUGGGAGAACAAUAAGCUGUCAACAACAGAGCUUUAUAUGCGCCUGGUGCUGCUGUAACCAAACUGGACUGUUUGAUUUGGUUCCUCUAGUAAGAGGGUGUUAUCCUUUGUAGGGAUUUAUCAGUCAUGUACAGUAUUUAAUAUUUACUAAAUAUUUGUACUGUCAAAACGUUUUCUCAGCUGAUGAUUUUAUGCUGUUUUAAGUAAAAAGAAAAUCUUUUUUUAAAUUACACAA